AUGAAGUGCGCUACACUUUUUACCGCUGUCGCUCUGCUCCUCACCAGCGCUAUGGCUCUACCCAACCCAAAGGCGGCUCCAGAGGCUGAGGCCAACCCGCAGAUCUGCUACUGCAACCUUGGAUGUUACGACACUUGCGUUACAAUAAGUCUGGCUAGCAAUCAAGACAAUGUCGGCCUCUGA